AUGACGACGCCAAUGAUGCUGGAUGAUAUCAAAAUUGAAUAUCAUCCACAUAGCAGGAUACCUUCAACCGUUCAUCCGUUUUCCAAUUUUUCUCACCGCCAUCCUACAGAGGAUACAAUGCCUCAUAACGCCUCUCCGUGGGAACCAUUCCGCACACGGCUCGACUUCGAGGUUGCAGAGAUUGCACUUGCUGCAGCGAUGACGAAAGACCAGACCAACAGGCUUUUUGAGCUCAUGCGCUGUGCUGCAAGCGCUAAAGAAGAUUUCACUUUGCAGAAUCAUGAUGAAGUUUGUACAUUGUGGAAAAUGGCAUCCGAACGAUUCAUGCCUUUUGAGACCAGUACAAUAUCUGUGCCGCAUCACGGUGAGGCUCGUGAAUACACGAUGUACUCCCGCUAUAGUCGGUUCGCACCACAUUUUGUGUUUGAUGCUCAGCGCCUCUAUAAAUUUAAUGGAGCACGUUUUGUGCGAUUCAUAGAUGAGCCCUGGACUGCUAAUGCUUUCUGGGAUGCACAAUCGCGCCUUCCACCCGAUGCUAAGCCGCUUGCGUUCGUCCUGUAUGCCGACAAGGCCAAACUAUCUUCUUUCGGAACCAAGAAGGGCUACCCAAUUGUUGUGCGGAUUGCAAAUUUGCCUGUUGAGAUUCGCAAUGGUACAGGUGUAGGUGGCGGACGAGUUGUUGGUUGGUUGCCGAUUGUUAAAGAAGAUCCAAAACAUGGCAAAAAGAAAAGUUUUGUGAACUUCAAGAACGCGGUCUGGCACGAGUCAUUCCUCAAGCUACUCGAGGCAGUCAUAGUACACUUGAAGAGUGGAUAUUGGUUUGAAUGUUGGGACCCCGUACAACACCUUCUUUGGCCUUUGAUACUGAUUCUAAAUGCCGAUUACAAGGAACAGUGUGUUAUGUCCUUAAUUCAGGGACUUAAAGGUAAAUUUCCAUGUCCAGUUUGCUUGGUUCCUCAAGAACAGCAAUCGGUAUUGUCGGACGCACAUCCAUUAUGCACAAGUACUCAUUCUCUCGACAUUCUCAAUGCGGCAAGAUCAACAUCGACAGAAAAGGAAAAGGAGAAACAACUCAAGGCGUACUCACUGUGUGACGUCGAGAAUUGUUUUUGGAAGGUUUCUCACUGCGACGUUCACCGAGCACUUUCGUUUGACCGCCUGCAUUCCAAUAAUGCUGGGAUGUGGGGCGAUCAUCUGUGGUCGGAGCUCCAGUUUUGGCUUAAAGAUUUGGGACGAGAAGCCAUUGUUAAGAUUGAUGUGAAUUUUGAUGCUCUCCCAAGGUGGUGCAACCUCAGGCACUUCUCGCAGGUGGUGGGGGUUGAUUUCAACGAUGGCUCAGCUCACAAAGACAUAUUGAAGAUGAUCAUCUUUACAGCGCAGAAUGUCCUCAGCCGAACUAAUAGUGAACUCGGUUAUCUACUUCUACACUGCAUACGUUGCUAUGUCGACCUCGACAUAUAUGCAGCACUACAGGUUCACACCGAAGAUACCAUUGCAGCUGGAAGAGAUGCCUUGUCUCGAUUCUCAAUGCUCAUGGAUCUAUAUAUCGAGAAAUCACAGCCUGAAACCGGAAAGAGUUGGAAUUUUCCGAAGAAGCAUUUGCUUACGCAUUUGUUUGACGAUAUCCUUGCAAAAGGUGUCACACGGAAUGAUAACACAAAGGUGAAUGAAAAAAUGCAUGGCCCACUAAGAGCUAUCUAUUUCUGGCGGACGAAUUUCAAAGAUGUCGCUCCCCAGAUCCUCCGCUACGACCACUGGCAACUUACAUCAACUUCUAUCCGUGAUGAGAUCGAUGACCUAGACGCGUAUACUGACAACUUGAAAGCUGCUAUAGAGCCUGAGGCAACCAAGAAUCCUGAAGAUGUUUUGGGUGCGAGGCAGGGCGAUUUCUCCUUUUCAGACAUCGAGCAAUCGCAUGCCACAGACAGGGCAUUUUUUGGUUUUCGAAUCAAAUUGAACAAAUUUUUCAACGACUUGCUGCCGAACGAUGCAAUUCCCUUGCCGAACGAGACAUGCAGCAGAUUUCAAGCUUACCUCCUUCGAUGUAACCCAAAAUUGUUUGGGUCACCAAGAUAUGACUGCGUCAUCAUAAAGACCAAACACCAGCCAUUUUUCGCACAUCUUAUCUACAUGUUCCGCUGCAAAGUUGGGGGGACUGAACUUUCUCUUGCCCUGAUCCAUCCUUACGACGUUGGUAUUGGUGUUCGCCGCAGACAAGACUUAGAUUUGAGGCUCUGGCGGUCCAUCAUUCAUGGCGUUGCACUCGCCAGUGACCCUGAAGCAGUCAAUGAUUACUUCGUCAUGGAUACCAUUGAUACAGACAUGUUCCUCCGCAUGAAGGCACUUCAAGUCAGUUCUGGCUUACACUUCCAGUGUCAAUAG